AAAGACACAGAUCUGGAGUGAAUAGAGUUAAAAAGACUAGAGAGAGAAGGCAAGGGAAAAAAAAAAACCUUUCUUUUUCACUUCGACGCCCUAGUUCAUUCUCUUCUCCAUUCUCUGUGUUUUCCAUUCUCCCUUCGCUCACUAUGACGAAGCAACACGCUAAUUGGUCUCCAUACGAUAAUAAUGGAGGAUCAUGUGUUGCGAUUGCUGGAGCCGAUUACUGUGUUAUCGCCGCAGACACCAGAAUGUCCACCGGUUACAACAUCCUCACUCGGGAUUACUCCAAAAUCUCCCAAUUAGCGGAAAAGUGUGUGAUGGCUUCUUCUGGUUUUCAAGCUGAUGUGAAAGCCUUGCAGAAGGUUUUGUCUGCUAGGCAUUUGAUUUAUCAGCAUCAACAUAACAAGCAAAUGAGCUGCCCUGCAAUGGGUCAGCUUCUUUCAAACACACUUUAUUACAAACGCUUCUUUCCCUAUUAUGCAUUCAAUGUUUUGGGUGGCCUUGACAAUGAAGGAAAGGGAUGUGUUUUCACAUAUGAUGCUGUUGGUUCCUAUGAGAGGGUUGGAUAUAGUUCUCAGGGUUCUGGAUCCACACUUAUCAUGCCAUUUCUGGAUAACCAGCUGAAGUCUCCUAGCCCACUGCUGUUACCUGCCAAGGAUGCUGUUACUCCACUGUCUGAAUCAGAAGCAGUUGAUCUGGUUAAAACUGUUUUUGCAUCUGCAACUGAGAGAGAUAUAUACACGGGGGACAAGGUUGAAAUCGUCAUCCUAAAUGCCAGUGGUAUUCGUCGUGAGUACAUGGACUUAAGGAAAGACUAGUGCUCUCUAAAAAAUGUUUGAAAUGCUUCUGGAAUUUUAAAUGGCAGUGGGGUUUUCCCAUGAGGUGAAAUUAAGAAUAGCAUUUCCUCUGAAGUUGCUUUGAGCAAGUACUUUUCUGUUCACAUUAUAACUACUGGGAUUCACUUAUAUUUGCAUUGGAUUUUUGUCGUAGUCUAUUUCUAAA